AGAAAACCAAGGAGGGUGUUUUCAAAGAGUACAAUCGACCGCAAAGUAGGUGGCAUCCAUUCACAAAAACCAACCUUAUUGUAAUGAAAUUAAGAAACAGUUAAUUUCAAAAUUUCAGUUCGAUUGUACAUUGUUAGUACUCUCGUUUGAAAGAUGUUUACGAAUUGCCUUUAUUGUAAAGUUGGUAAGAAGUAGCUAUUAGAUGAGUUCUUAUAAGAGAAUAUCGUUAAUGGGCUGGAGUGUCUGGGGGCGGUCUAAUAAUUGUGAUCUAUUCAUUACAUCAGUUAGACGUUCCUACUUGAGGAGGAAGCAUCUGUGUUUUGUGUAAAUCACACCGGUACUUCAAGUGAAUUGCGGAAAAUGUUGUAAAUAAAUAUAAAUCGUUUCGUGUCGAACCUAAAUAAAUUAUUUUGUGUAUUGGGUUGCUUCAUUUGAACAACUCAAUUAACCAAAGGCAGUAAAGUACGACGUUAGCCUUUGAUCAAUUUUCGUUCCGUUUAUCAAAACUCUUUUAAUUAACAUAGCUAUCAUUUAAAUUUUAUUUUACAAAUUAAAUACUUUUUGCUUUUCCGAAGUGUUCGCCUCGGUCCAGAUGAUCGUUUUUCUUAGUCGACUAUUAGCGCAUUGGCGACCGCCACCUGCAGAGACCCCUGACGCCUUUGAACUCGAUCACCUCAUUAGUUCAGCUCAGUUGCUCCACACAUACGCACUUACGAAACUACGCGUUCCCGCUCAGUCCGUAAACAGACUUUGUUGCGUUCGCACCCCUUAAUAAAAUCAGAAGAAAUUCGAAAGUGUUGUUUAGGGUACGUAAACAUUGCGCAAGCGAUGGCGGCGGAAACUCACGAGGACGCGAUAGCGACAUCCUGCGGGCGACCGUGGCCCUAUUGAUAUCGCACCUAUCACUCAUUUGUAUGCAAAUUCCUCACGUUCAGGUGUUAACGUGCAGUGUUGUUGUGGCCGUUGAUGUGUGAUGUUGCAUUAGCGAUGUUUCGGAGUAGAAAAGGUCAGGCGAUCAGCGAGGCUGAUGUCCGCCGGGAGCAGGGGCUGGCGUACCAGAGCCGUACGAACACUAGCGGUUCCCGGCUCCGUGUUCGCCGGGGGAGUAGUUUGACGGAUUUGGACAAGUUGCGAUGUGGUGGCGGUUCAAGCGGGGGUGGGUCUAUUGGGGAUUUGAUGAACAUGUUCAGUGGUAGUGUGAAUUCGGUCGGGAGUGACACGCUGGUGGCUCGGACUGUCCCGUUGGAGACUGUCCGUCGGUAUGCGCCUCCGAUGUCGACGCCGCCGCCGCGCCCGCCCUCCUCGCCGGUCAUCCAUGUGUCGCGACCCGUGGGGCCGCUCACGAUGGCCCAGCGCACGCUCAGAUUUAGUAGACUGCUGAAAUACCAACCUUGUUCGGCCGACGUUCUUAUUACGCUGGUAAGUGCUACUAAAGCUUAAGUGCUUCGCAAAACUUAUUUAUUUCGGUCGAAUAGUCGAAAGCGUA